AUGCCGCUCAAACUGGUCCCCAGCAAGCCCGAGGACGUGCCACUGAUGGUGGAAACAUACUUUGAGGCCUUCUCGCAAGAUCCGAUCCAUCAGCGUUUUGCUCCCAAAGGGACGCAGUCGGCCCACGACUUUUGGACACAAGCUCUGACAGCUGAGAUCCGCGACAAGAACAACUUCUUCCUCUCCGUCUGGGACGACACAGCUAUCCCUGAAGCAUUUGUUGGUUUCGCGAAAUGGAUCGCUCCGGGGGCUUCUCCAGAGCCAGUCCCCGCGGUUGACCAAUGGCCCAGCGAGGGCGACCAGGAAUUUUCAGCCUUCUUCUUCGGCAGGCUCGGCGACAUGCAUCACGAGGCUAUGGGCGAGAGGCCGCACUGGUAUCUCGAGCUGCUGGCCGUCAAGCCGCAGUAUCAGGGGAAAGGGGCGGCGAGCUUGAUGCUCAGGUACGGGGUGGACAAGGCUGACGAGGACAAGGUGGAGUGUUUCCUGGAUGCGUCUCCCAAGGGACAGCCGAUCUACGAGAGAUAUGGGUUCAGAGUUGUGCAGAGCGACACAUUCUUGGACGGGACAUAUGUUCAGUGCGCGAUGGUGAGAGAUGCUCGGGCAUAG